GUCAGAGCCCGGGAGGUCAGAAAACCGGGCCGCGGGCGGCACCGACGGCUGGGGUUGCAAUCGGGAACGCGCGGAGAUCAGGGAAGCAGUCCUGGACCAUGACUCAGCAGCCACUUCGAGGAGUGACCAGUCUGCGUUUCAACCAAGACCAAAGCUGCUUUUGCUGUGCCAUGGAGACAGGUGUGCGCAUCUACAAUGUGGAGCCAUUGAUGGAGAAGGGGCAUCUGGACCAUGAGCAGGUGGGCAGCAUGGGCCUGGUGGAAAUGCUGCACCGCUCCAACCUGCUGGCCCUAGUGGGUGGUGGUAGCAGCCCCAAGUUCUCAGAGAUCUCAGCAGUGCUGAUCUGGGACGAUGCCCGGGAGGGCAAGGACUCCAAGGACAAGCUGGUGCUGGAGUUCACCUUCACCAAGCCAGUGCUGGCUGUGCGCAUGCGCCAUGACAAAAUCGUGAUCGUGCUGAGGAACCGCAUCUACGUGUACUCCUUCCCCGACAACCCCCGAAAACUGUUUGAAUUUGACACCCGGGACAACCCCAAGGGGCUCUGUGACCUCUGCCCCAGCCUGGAGAAGCAACUGCUGGUGUUCCCAGGACACAAGUGUGGGAGUCUGCAACUUGUGGACCUGGCAGGCACAAAGCCUGGCACUUCAUCUGCUCCAUUUACGAUCAAUGCACAUCAGAGCGACGUGGCCUGCGUGUCCCUGAACCAGCCAGGCACUGUAGUGGCCUCAGCCUCUCAGAAAGGCACCCUUAUUCGCCUCUUUGACACGCAAUCCAAGGAGAAACUGGUGGAAUUGCGCCGAGGCACUGACCCUGCCACUCUCUACUGCAUCAACUUUAGCCAUGACUCCUCCUUCCUCUGCGCGUCCAGUGAUAAGGGCACGGUCCAUAUCUUUGCUCUCAAAGAUACCCGCCUCAACCGUCGCUCCGCGCUGGCUCGUGUGGGCAAGGUGGGGCCUAUGAUUGGACAGUACGUGGACUCACAGUGGAGCCUGGCGAGCUUCACUGUGCCUGCCGAAUCAGCCUGCAUCUGCGCCUUUGGUCGCAAUACUUCCAAGAACGUCAACUCUGUCAUUGCUAUCUGCGUAGAUGGGACCUUCCACAAAUAUGUCUUCACUCCUGAUGGAAACUGCAACAGAGAGGCUUUCGAUGUAUACCUUGACAUCUGUGACGAUGAUGACUUUUAAGGACCCUGCGGGUUGUGCCAGGGACCUGCAGUGGCAGACUGCAAAGCCCUCAGGGGGUCAGGAGUGUGGUGAAAGCUACCAACCAGCGAGCAUUAAUGGAGCAGGUGCCCACCUUCCACUCAGCAGUGUAAGGCCUAAACAGCUCACUUCCCCCAUGCACUUCAUGGUGACUGUGUGCCCGCUGGACCAGGCUAGGGACCUAGGGAGGGAGCAGACCCCCUGGGGCUCCCAGCCUGGAGAAGAUUUACAAGGGCCCAGAGGGAGUGCCCUAAUUCAAUCUGUGGGGAUUAAAAAAAGCUUCCCAGAAAGAGACUUCUCUGAUGUGGUGCAUAUGAAUAAAAGGCCCUUAAAGUA